GAUCGUGUUGAACGAAAUCAAAAAUGGUGAACGUACCAAAACAGCGCAGGACUUACUGCAAAAAAUGCAAAUGCCACAAGACUCACAAGGUGUCUCAGUAUAAAAAGUCCAAAGAAAGGCAUGCUGCCCAGGGCAGAAGACGUUACGAUCGCAAACAACAAGGUUAUGGUGGUCAAUCCAAACCUAUUUUCAAAAAGAAGGCUAAAACCACCAAGAAAAUUGUUCUCCGUCUGGAGUGUGCAGACUGCAAAGUACGAUCCCAAGUUGCACUUAAGCGCUGCAAGCACUUUGAACUCGGAGGAGACAAGAAGAGGAAAGGACAGAUGAUCCAGUUCUAGGCUGGUUGUAAUAAAUAAGUCUUAACAA